AUGGAUUGGACAGAGGAUGCCAUGAUAAAAGAGAGACAGAGAGAGAGAGAGAGAGAUGAAAGAAGUGAUGCAAGAGGAAAGCCGAAAGGGUCCAUGGACAGAACAAGAAGACAUACUUCUGGUGGAGGGAGAAAGAUAAGAAUAGGUUUGAACAGAACAGGAAAGAGUUGCAGGCUAAGGUGGGUUAACUACCUUCAUCCUGGUCUCAAACGUGGCAAGAUGACGCCACAAGAGGAGCGUCUUGUCCUUGAGCUUCACGCUAAAUGGGGAAACAGGUGGUCAAAAAUUGCCCGGAAAUUGCCGGGACGAACAGAUAACGAGAUAAAGAAUUACUGGAGGACUCACACGAGGAAGAAGGCUCAAGAAAAGAAGCGUCCUGUUUCUCCAACUUCGUCUUUUUCAAACUGCUGCUCUUCGUCUAUGACCACUACCAAUACUCAAGAUGUGUCGUUUCAGUCGAGGAAAACUUCAGGGAAGGUGAGCUUUUACGACACUGGAGGAUCCUCGAACGAGGCGAAGAAUCAAGAAACGGGAGACGACGGAUACUCGUUGGAUGACAUAUGGAGAGAGAUUGAUCACUCUGCGGUUAACAUAAUUAAUCCGGUUAAAGACAUAUACUCAGAGCAAAGCCAUUGCUUAAGCUACCCAACUAUUGCUUCUCCGUCAUGGGAAAGCUCGUUGGAUUCUAUAUGGAAGAUGGAUGCAGAUAAAAUAGGUCACCAUGGUCGACAGAGUGAAUGA